GCUGUCCAGGAGCUCGAGGUUGAAGGUGCUUGGCAGGGGACACCCGGCCGCCCGGCCGCGGGCGUUUCAGCGAUGUUUUACUCAGGACUCCUCACCGAGGGCGGCCGCAAGGAGACAGACAUGCGGGAAGCGGCGUCCCUGCGGCAGCAGCGCCGGAUGAAGCAGGCGGUGCAGUUCAUCCACAAGGACUCAGCCGACCUGCUGCCCCUGGACGGCCUCAAAAAGCUGGGCUCGUCCAAGGACACGCAACCCCAUAACAUUCUGCAGAGGCGCCUCAUGGAAACCAACCUGUCUAAGCUCCGGAGCACUCGUGUCCCUUGGGCCUCUAAGACCAACAAAUUCAAUCAGGCUAAGUCUGAAGGGCUGAAGAAGUGUGAAGAUGAAGACAUGAUUUUAGUGUCUUGCCAGUGUGCUGGGAAGGACGUGAAAGCUUUGGUUGACACUGGCUGUCAAUAUAAUCUCAUCUCCUCAGCCUGUGUGGACAGAUUGGGACUAAAGGACCAUGUCAAAUCUCACAAGCAUGAAGGGGAAAAGCUUUCUCUACCACGGCAUCUCAAAGUAGUUGGCCAGAUUGAGCACCUAAUGAUCACAGUGGGUUCUCUCCGUCUGGAUUGCCAAGCAGCUGUGGUUGAUGAUAAUGAAAAAAGCUUAUCACUUGGUCUCCAGACUCUUAGAUCCCUGAAGUGCAUCAUAAACUUGGACAAGCACCGGCUGAUUGUGGGGAAGACAGACAAAGAAGAAAUCCCUUUUGUGGAGACAGUUUCUGUGAAUGACGACAACACUUCAGAAGCAUAAUUGCAGCCUGAAGCGUGUGCGCAUGUGCACACACACACCAGGUUGACAGACUGAGAAAACUGGGUUUGAACUAAAUACAAUAGCAACUUGCUAUGGACCAAGUCCUUCCCUCCAGUACAUCCUGCAGGGGCUUCUUCCCGCUCAGACCUUUUUAGACUAUAGUCUGUGCUUAGAGAUCUUGUCUGGUUAAUGGCUUAAUGGUUAAACAGACAUUGUUUUUUACUUCUUUGAAUAUUUAAUUUAUAGACCUUUUUUGACACUGCCAGGUCUUAUUUGUGGCCUAUUUCUCUGCUUCUUCCAAGAAUUUGCUUUUUAUUAAUCAAUCCAGUGUAGGGGCUGCCAGGUUCUACUUCUCCAUAGAUAACACUUGCUUUUUGAAAAUAUUAAAAUAUACAGUAAAUAGGAACUUUCUUUCAGCUGUUUCAAAGAGGUAUAGAAACAUGUCUUGACUUUAGAAUCUCUUCUGAAGUAAUUGAUUUUUCCAGUGUGAACUUAUCUGAAAGAUGUUUCAGGGGGAUCAUCUGGUCCAGACAUUUAAUUUAAACACACAGACAGGUAAAUUAUCUAAAUUCACAUAUUAAGUCAUGGCAGAAGACAAGCAGAAUCCAGACCUGAUAUCCAAACCAAGGCUCUUAUGCUGCUUUCUUUGUUUUCCAGCCUUAAGAAGAAGGCAGGAAGGUUAAAGUGCAAGAAAGGAGGGGUAAUGGAUGUGGCUUUGUGGUGGCCUGCUUGUCUAAUGUACACAAGGUCCUGGGUUCCAUCACAGCACUAGAGAUAGAGAGAUGGCUUGUUUAUUAAGAGUGCUUGCUUCAUAAGCAUGAAGACUGCCAUUUGGAUCCUAGUACCCAAACAAAAGCUGGGCAUUGUCCCACACACACCUGAGACCCCAAUGGAACUUUCUAGCUUCCAGUCUAACCAAAAGAGAGAGAGGAAUAGACAGGAAGAGGGGGAGAAUGGAGGGGGAGUGUCUCCAGAGUCCUUGCCUUAAAGGAACCAAGUGAAGUGUGGUAGAGGAAUAGAUGACAUGACACCCACAUGUUCCUCUGGCCUCUGUGAGUGUGCACAGGUGCACAGCUCCAUGCACUCAUACAAAUUCCUACACACACUCACAGACACACAUGGACACACACCACAGGGAAGAUGAGAGGGUGCAAAAACAGGCUACAAAGAUGAAACAGUCUCUCAAUGAACAAGAGAAGAAAGAAACCACAGAUAGGAAGGCAUAUUAUUAGUUCCUGAGACACCACUGACAAUGUAGUUGUCCCUGUGGGAUAUUGAUUACCCCUAAGGACCAGUCAGAAUGUCUGUCUGUCUUGUUACAUGUCACAAAGAUUCAAGUAGCUGGAAGUAGAGAUAGGGAAAGGAAAAAUAAAAACCACAGUAGUCCAGAAUAGAAGGAAGAGGCAGAGUAUGCUGAGUGGGGAAGUCUACCUGGGAGACUUUCCUGAGACUGAAAUGGGGAGUGAACCCUCCAGGCAGGGAAGUAAAGGCUGGCAAGCCCUCGGUACAGGGAAGGGAGAAAGGUAGCCGGCAGCAUUAAGAACCAUUAACAGCUGGAUGUAGCAUAUGCCUUUAACACCAGCACCCAGAAGGCAGAGGCAGGGGCAGGCAGAUAUGAGACCAGCCUGGUCUACAUAGUGAGUUCCAGGCCAGUCAGGGAGACGGUCUCAAAAGACAAAAAAAUAAAAAUAAAAAUAAAAAAACAAACAAAGAAACCAGAAUAACCUUUAAAACUGUCCAGUAUUCCCUGAUCUGACCCAUCUCAGUGGACUGGGGAAUCACAGGGUUGCUUUUUAAGCUUUUUAAAAUUUUUUUUUUAUUUUUUAUUUUGCUAUUGUAUCUUCUCAGGCAUAGAGGUGCCUAUAGUGGAAUCUUCCCUUCAGUUAUAGAAAUAUUUGACAAUUCAGAAAAAAAAGCUAACUGUAAGUAAUCCUUCAAGAUAUUCCUAAGUCUACCCUUGGCUCAUAGCAGUUCUCAAACUUCGAAUCUUGUCUAGUGUCCCAGCCACCAGCCUGGCCCUGAGAGCUCCCUUGUGUGGGAGGAACCUGCACCUUCCUGAGGCUCCCUGCACUUUUGUUCAUCACAGCAGCAGACUGCAGGCUCCUUCUAGUGUCUCUGGUUGGAUUUCCUGGGGGCCAGUAAGGCCAGGACUUCUCAGGUUCUUGAAAGAGGCAUUGAUUUUGGCCUUUUUCAGUUGGGUACUAUAUGGUACCAGGAUGAAUACAUGGCCUUUAAUGUUCCUUCUUGACUCUGACAAGCAGUCAGUUAUUUUCUAAUCUGGGAAUAGAACCAAUGGGUGAACUGGACUCCAUGUCAUAGCUCACUCAGUUCAUUCUCACCAUCUGAAUCUUCUAACCAAAUUACUUGAGUCCCUAGGUAUAAUAGAGAUACCCAAAAUGCUUCAAGAUAACUAUAGGAAGUCUUGGGGUUUAGUAAUGCUUUUUUGUUUUGUUUAUGAGACAGGAUCUUAUUAUGUGGGCUAGGCUGGCCUGAAACUCAAUAUGUAGAUGAGACAAGCCUCAAACUCAUAGAAAUCAGCCUGCCUGUGACUCGUCAUUGAUGCUUUUUAAAUGCUGCCAAGUUAACUACUCUUACAGUUUCUGUCUCUUCAGUGUUCACAAAGGGACACUAGCUUUGCUUUUGGGGGCUAGCAAAGUAGGUCACUGGGUUUUUCCUAGUUAGAAAAUGGUAGCAUUUCUUAGGGUGUAAUAAAGUGUCUGCUGUAUCCUAGUUCUAAGUCCCUGGGAAGUAGCAGACCUGUCUCACUCCUUAACACACACCGCAUCCAGGAAGCUGAAGAUGCACAUCCAGGGAUUUCCAUUUUAAUUUGAGGAAGGGAUGUCUUCUGACUUUCCUUUUUCCUUGCUCUGCACAUACCCCUCUAGUAUGGUUUUCUGUUCCUUAGCUCAGAGCAUCUAUAGACUGGAUUACCUAGCUGCCCUUACUCUUGUGUAGUAGAAAUACCUUUCAGGCUGGGGACUUGGAGGAGAGGAACUGGAUUCCUCCCUCCUUCUGUUGCCAGGUCUUUCUGCAUUAGCACUUUAUCUGCUCAGUAUUUCUGACUGUACUGGGCUUAUUUGUGACACCGAUAUAUCAAUAAAGUGGACUUGUUCUCUGU